UUCUUGCCUGACUUCUCAAUGGUGGAGUCAUUUGUCAGUUACAGGGUGGUCUUGUGAAGUUUUCAUUGAGGAUGAGAAAAGUGUAAUCAUACGAGAUAGUAAAACAUACAGCUGUACGGGAGCUGGGGCGUGAGCGACGACUGUUAAUGUAGGCUUCUCCAUAGGAAAGCAUAGUCACGCUUUUACGCACUUCCAGGUGUCUUCUCUUACCAAACUAAGUGAAUAAAGAAACCCGACAAUUGACAAACUGCGUUCACUAUCCAAGGCCGGGAUUAUGAAUUUGCAACUUGUUGACUGUUUUUAAUAAUUGUUUUCUAUCUUAAGCGCGGUGCUGGAGUUAUUUAUUUACUAUUAGGCCUACGCGCGAUCCACAAUCAAGACAACCGUUAUCAACAGGUAGUCUAAUGUGGAUAAACUGCAAUGUUGUUGAUUUGCUGUUACAACCACACUUUUUUUUGUGCAAGAAAUUGUAGGCUGCUCCGCGUGACGAGUGUUAUCCUACUGGUCCAGAUGUUUGGGAUAUUGGAUGUGGGGUGUUGAAACUAGGAUAGAGGACGCUGCCGUGCCUAAACUUUACUCGGCUGUUGGCUAUGGUUUAUCAAAAGCGCUGUUUUGGACUUGGACUUCUAAAAAUGAUGUCGGAGACACCAACGGGACAAUGCCCUCUCACCUGGACGUUGGAGAGAGCUGGACGGGUGCAUUGAGAUUCCCUUAUGCCAGAUAGCAGCGUAUCACCAUUAAAUAGCUUUUCUGUUUAUAUUUGAUAAAUCCUACGGAAUGGCUUCCCAGGUGGUGUGCGGACUGGUCUUCAGGCUGCUGCUGCCAGUCUGUCUCGCUGCAGCCUGUCUGUUCCGGUACAAUGGGUUCUCUUUUGUCUACCUCAUCUACCUCCUGCUCAUCCCACUGUUCCCAGAACCCACCAAAACAACAAUGCAAGGUCACACAGGGCGCCUGCUUAAGUCCCUAUGCUUCACCGGUAUGGCUUUCCUGCUGCUACACAUCAUCUACCAGGUUACCAUCAACAGUCUGCUAGCAGGAGACAGCAUAGAACCCAACUUCAACUGUUCAACAUGGGAGAAGUCGGUGCGACAGCUGGGCUUGGAAAGCGUCCGGGGUGCUGAUGCAGGAAACGGCAUCCGUGUGUUCAUGCCAGACAUCGGCAUGUUCGUGGCGGGCCUGGUCACGUGGCUACUGUGCCUGAGUCUGGAGGAGAAGCCGAAGGUGAAAGACAAAUCACAGCAGCAUGACGUCGAAUGCGAGUCGGACAGUCAGGAAAAGAAGGAAGAGGAGGUUGAGAAAGAGGAGGAGAAAAAGGAGGAGGUUGAGUUGGAGGAGGACGACCUGAUGUUCGAGGAGGACUUUGAGACGGGCGAGGAUGGAGAUGGAGAGAUGACUGGGGACGAGGUGGAGGAGGGAGGAGAGGGGCAAGAAGGGGAUGGAGAAGUAGAGGAGGAGAGCACCAAGAUGAAGAUCCUUCGUCAGAUAGCGGCGAUGGCAUCCAAAGUCAAGGAGAUCAUUGGGAACCUUAUUACCACUGCAGGGAAAGUAGUAGUCACCAUUCUACUGGGCCUUACAGGCAUCAUGUUGCCCUCUCUGACCUCUGCAGUCUACUUCUUCACCUUCCUCGGCCUGUGUACCUGGUGGUCCUUCUGUCGGCCAUUCCACCCGCUCAUCUUCAGCUGUCUGUGUGUCCUCAUGGCCAUCUUCAGCGCUGGACACCUGGUGAUUCUCUACCUCUACCAGUUCCAGUUCUUCCAGGAGCUCAUCCCACCCGGGGAUAGCUACGCCAGUCUGUUUGGUAUCUUGUCGGUGGUCCAGUCCGACUGCUCCCACACCUGGAUGUUCCGGGUCAACCCGGCACUGUCCUGGCACCACUAUGUCAACCCCAUCAUGCUGCUGCUGCUCUACUACACCCUGGCCACACUCAUACGCCUCUGGCUGCAGGACCCCACAGACACGGCGCCUGGUGAGAGCAAAGGGGCAGAACUGGGUAACGGGGAGGAGCCUAUGGUUGAUGACAUCACCUCCACAGCAGAGAAGAGGAGAGAAGUGUGGAGCAUGGCUCACCACACAGAUGACAGAAACGUUUUGAUAGUAACCUCCAACGGGUCUCCUCCGGACCUUGUCCACACCAACGGGUCUCCUCCGGACCUUGUCCACACCAACGGGCUGCUGGACCUGCACUCCACACCGCAGUACAAACCAGGCCAACCAGGGCCAGAUCUGGGGAGUGUGUAUGAGGUGGUGGUUGUGCAGGGUGAGGGUUUGAAAGAAGAGAUGGAUGCAGGGGCGAUGGCGUGGGCGAUGGCGCCGGGGGAAGGAAUGGCGCGAGCUAAUGCGGUGGUCACGGCCUUCAGGUUCAUCAUGAAGCAAAGCUACAUCUGUGCUCUCAUUGCAAUGAUGGCGUGGAGUAUCACUUAUGUCAGCUGGCUGACCUUUGUGUUUCUCAUCUGGUCCUGCACGCUGUGGAUGGUGCGCGACCGCCGUCAGUACACCAUGACCACCUCCCCCUUCAUGGUGUUCUAUGGGAACCUGUUGAUCAUCCUACAGUAUAUCUGGAGCUUCGAGCUCCUCCAACCCGUGCCCGGGCUUUUCUUAAAGAAAGAGGUGCCCUUCCGGGAACUGGGCUCCAAGAUGCUGUGCCUGCUGAGUUUCUGGCUGCUGCUGAGACAAGCGUUGACAGAGAGGAAGGAGAGCCAGAGAGAAGAGGUGCUAUUGGACAUCAGGGUCAUCCAUGCCCACAAGAAGGAGGACAAGGAAGUGAUGGAUGAGAGCGGUGGCCACAGGGAGAUGAUGGAGGUGCUAGGCAACACUCUCAUGGCCAUGUUGAACAAGUACUGGAUCUAUAUCUGCGGCGGCAUGUUCUUCUUCGUCAGCUUCGAGGGACGCAUCGUCAUGUACAAGAUCAUCUACAUGAUGCUCCUCCUCUUCUGUGUGGCCUGCUACCAGGUGCACUACGAGUGGUGGAGAAGCAUGCUGAAGUACUUCUGGAUGUCUGUGGUGGUGUACACCAUGCUGGUCCUCAUCCUGAUCUACACCUUCCAGUUUGACUCCUCCAUCCACGUCUGGUUCAACAUGACCGGCAUGAGCAAGGACAAACUGGAGGACCUGGGUCUGGAGAAGUUCUCUGUCCCGGCUCUGUUCACAAGGAUCUUCCUCCCCACCUCCUUCCUGUUGGUCUGCAUCCUCCACCUGCACUACUUCCACCAGCGCUUCCUCCUGCUCACUGACAUCAAGACGGUGGCCGACAAACAGAAGAGCACGAUCACCAGGCUGGUGCACCUAGAUGGCAGUCUGGCAGAUAUCUCUCUCAUCAAACCCACCCUCACUGUGACCACCAAAGACGAGGAGGCUGGGGAGAAGGUGCAGCUGGAAGAGGAAGACGGGAAGAAGGAGGAGGAGAAGAAGAGAAGUUAUGAGGAGGAGGAGGAGGAGGAGGAAGAGGAGGAGGAGAAGAGGUAUGAAGAACCCCUGGAGCACUGCAGCAAGGCGGAGUCCUCGGUCGACGAGAUGUCAGACCUGAGGAGUAAGUGGUAUCUGGUGGUGGACCGCCUCACGGUGCUCUUCUUCAAGUUUCUGCAGUACUUCCAGCAGCUGCAGCUGACCGUCUGGUGGCUCCUGGAGCUCCACAUCAUCAAGAUCGUCUCCUCCUACAUCAUCUGGGUCUCAGUCAAAGAGGUGUCUCUGUUCAACUACGUGUUCCUGGUGAGUUGGGCGUUCGCCCUGCCCUUCGGUCAGUUCAGGCCCCUGGCCUCCAGCGUCUGUACCGUCUGGACCUGUGUCAUCAUCGUCUGCAAGAUGCUCUACCAACUCACCUCUAUAAACCCCUCUACGUACUCGAAGAACUGCACCAUGCCUGUGAACUACACGGAUAACCAGAGGAGUGAGAUGGCUCACUCCCUGCUCUACAGCGCCCCUGUGGACCCAGCCAACUGGGUGGGUCUCCGCAAGUUCUCCCCCCUACUGGAGAACCUGAGGAACAACCUGUUGAUUCUGGCCCUGCUGGUGUUCGAGGUGACCAUCUACCGCCACCAGGACCUGUACCGCAUGAGGAACAACCUCACCACGCCCGUCACCAGAACCAUCUUCCACGAUAUCACCCGGCAACACCUCGACGACAGCAUCGUCAACGGUGCCAAGUACUUCAUCAACUACUUCUUCUACAAGUUCGGCCUGGAGACAUGCUUACUGUUGGCGGUGAACGUGAUUGGCCAGAGGAUGGACUUCUACGCCAUGCUCCACGCUUUCGGCCUGAUCGCAGUCAUCUACCAGCGGCGCCGGAAGGCCAUCGCUGACACCUGGCCCAAGUACUGUUGCUUCCUGGCCUGCAUGCUCACCUUCCAGUACUUUGUCUGCAUUGGCGUCCCCCCGGCCGCCUGCAAAGACUACCCAUGGAGGUUCCCCUCGUCCUCCACAGACUCCAACGUCAUCAAGUGGCUGUACUUCCCUGACUUCCACACCAAGCCCAACCCAAUGUUCCUGCUCUAUGACUUCAUGCUGCUGCUGUGUGCCUCGCUGCAGAGACAGGUGUUUGAGGAGGAGAACGAGGAGGCCGUGCGCCUCCUGGCCGGUGACAACACGGAGAUCUGCAGGGACGCCGCCUCCUUCAGUCGACACAACCCCGUCCCAGACUUCAUACACUGCAGAUCCUACCUGGACAUGCUGAAGGUGAUCAUGUUCAGCUACCUCUUCUGGUUCGUGCUCACCAUCAUCUUCAUCACGGGCACCACGCGCAUCUCCAUCUUCUGUAUGGGCUACCUGGUGGCCUGCUUUUACUUCCUGCUCUUUGGGGGUGACCUGCUGCUCAAGCCAAUCAAAAGCAUCCUGCACUAUUGGGACUUCCUGAUCGCCUACAACGUGUUUGUUAUCACCAUGAAGAACAUCCUCUCGAUACUGGCCUGUGGAUACAUAAAGUCCCUGGUCACCAAUCACUGUUGGCUCAUACAGCUGUUCAGCCUGGCCUGCACUAUAAAAGGCUAUUCUAAACCUGAGCAACAGGCCAACAAGCAUUGUGAGUUGCCUAGCGACGAGGCAGGCAUCAUCUGGGACAGCAUCUGUUUUGCCUUCCUGUUGCUACAGCGACGCGUAUUCAUGAGCUACUACUUCCUGCACGUGGUCGCCGACAUUCGCUCCUCACAGAUCCUCGCCUCCAGAGGGGCUGAGCUGUUCCAAGCGACCAUAGUGAAAGCUGUAAAAGCCAGGAUCGAAGUGGAGAAGAGGUCGAUGGACCUGCUGAAGAGACAAAUGGACCGUAUCAAGAGUCGACAGCAGAAGUUCAAGAGGGGGAAGGAGAGGAUUUUGAGCUUGGUGCAGGAGAGCGGAGACGCAGGCCACGGACACAGCAAGGACGAGGAGGAUGAAGAUAAAGAAAGGAGCAGGGUGGAUAAAAUACAGCGGUGGUGGAGGCCGUGGGUUGACCAUGCAUCCAUGGUGAGAAGUGGUAACUAUUACCUGUUUGAGACGGACAGUGAAGAAGAGGAGGAAGAGGAGGAUAAAAAUGAGGAAGAACAGCCCAAGAAGUCUGCAUUUCAGUUUGUUUACCACGCCUGGAUGACCAAUUCCAAGACAGCCAUGAAGGAGCGCAGCAAGGAGAAACGCCGCUUCUGGAAGAAAUACACUGAAGGGAGCAGCAGCAAGUCAAGGAAAGAGGACCUGGAGGAAGCAGUUCAUGUUGCUAUGGAAGAGGAGGAUCAGGAGGAGAAGAAAACAGAUGGAUCAGACAACGUCCUGAAGCGAGUCUUCAACAUAGUCAAGUUCUCCUGGGUGUUGUUCCUGGCCAUGUUGGACAGUUUCACAGCCUGGAUCAACUCCAUGUGUCAGGAACACCUGGACAUCUCCACCGUGCUGCACAUCGAGCGCUGUAUGCUCACGCACCAGGUUAAUAAGGGGAACAAGCCUUCCCGGGAGAGCAUCCACGUGUACUACCGCAAGCAGAUGUGCAAGGCUGCGUCCAUUGAGUCUGGCCUGGAGAGAACCGAGGAGGAGACGUGCCAGGACUGCAUCCCCCACAAGGCCGAGAGGCAGAGCUGUGCCUGUCUGGAGAGCCAAGAAUCUACAGUGUCUCAUGAUAGCCUGUCCAGUGUAUACACAGAGAGCACACUGCUCUACUCCUGUCGCUCCACUCUGGACCACACUGACAUGGGUCCUGACAACGUCCAGGUGCCCAAGACCAGCGAACGCGCCCGUCCUAAACUCUGCAAGAUGGAGGGGCUGGACCUAAAGUCCACCUCUUCAGCUGACAGCGGAGGCAGCCAGGCCAGUGAGCACACCCAGUGUACAGCCCUCUGUUCCCACCAGGGAACCACAGACACCAUCGAGGAGACAGGAGAGGAGCCAGACCAGGACCUCCAAGAGUCCCACUCCUCCUACACUGAGACCCCAUCCACCUCCACCUCCAUGGGGCUGUACAUGGAACAUGAGGGGGUUCUUCUCUCCAGGUCCAGGGCUAUGGACUGGGACAGUAGGGACAGCGUCCUGGAAGUCAAACAGACAGGGUGCGAGAGAGGACCGUGCUACGCCCACCACAGUGAGCUCCAGCUCUACCAGGCAGACCUCCCCAGUACCACCCCCACAGACACAGACAUCCCCCCCUCGUACAGCAGAGCUACAGGCCUUGACAGGGAGGGGGCCUCGUACACCAGGGCCACGGGCCUGGACAGUGAGGGGGCCUCGUACACCAGGGCCACGGGCCUGGUCAGGGAGGGGGACUCGUACAGCAGAGCUACAGGCUUGGUCAGGGAGGAACGGGCCUCAUCCAUUAGGGCCCAUCAUAAGAAGAGGUUGGUUGUGGUGACGCCUGACGAGAAGUCUGAUUUUCUGUCGGGCGUCACGAGUGGCACGUUUCCCUCGCUCACCCACGAGCUGACGGCCAGCGAUCUGCUACGCAAUAGGAUGUUCUACGAUGAGGAGUUGGAGGAUUCAGAGCGUUUCUACGGCAAUCAGCCGGCAGUGCUGCAGCUGCUCUAUGCUCUGUACAACAUGCUGGUGGCCCACUCAGAGAUGGUGUGUUUCCUGGUCAUCAUCCUCAACCACAUGAUCUCAGCGUCCGUGGCCACGCUCGUCCUUCCCAUCUUCAUCUUCCUCUGGGCCAUGCUGUCUGUCCCCAGGCCCAGCAAACGCUUCUGGAUGACCGCUAUCGUCUACACAGAGGUCACCAUUGUGAUCAAGUACUUCUUCCAGUUUGGUUUCUUCCCCUUCAACCAGAACAUUGAGCUGGACAAGUCCAAACCCUUCCAUCCUCCCAACAUCAUUGGUGUGGAGAAGAGGGAGGGAUACGUGAACUAUGAUCUGGUUCAGCUGCUAGCUCUGUUCUUCCACCGAUCUAUUCUCAAGUGUCAUGGGCUGUGGGAUGAGGACAACCCCAGGGGAGGAGGGGGGGAAACCCCCAAGCAGCAUCACCAUGAGAGGGAGAAGAGGACCCGCUCCAGGUCAGUGGAGAAGCAGGCUGCGGAGGGAAGCAGCUCCCUGCUGGAGUCGGUCCGCACCCGCAUCCCCCGAAAAUUCCACUCCAUGUCCACCUCCACCUCGCUGCGCCGCAAGAGCUCCAGCGCCGCCUCCCACCUUUCCCAGCACACCGUGCGCUCCGCCCACUCCAAAGGAGACAGUGUGAGCUCACGGCCCGGCCUGCGGAGAGGGCACAGCCUGCGGAGAGGGGACAGCCUGCGGAGAGGGGACAGUGUGCUGAGUGUCCAACAGAGGAGCAAGAAGGAGAUGAUCCUGGAGAAACUCAGAGAGCAGCUCAUCAAAGCCAAGAGCUUCACUGUCAAAAAAACUCUAGAGAUGUACAUCCCCAUCCGUCAGUUCUUCUACAACCUGAUCCACCCAGAGUACAGUGCAGUGACAGACGUCUAUGUGCUCAUGUUCCUGGCCGACACUGUGGACUUUAUCAUCAUCGUCUUUGGCUUCUGGGCAUUUGGGAAACACUCUGCGGCGGCUGACAUCACUUCCUCCCUGUCGGAGGACCAGGUUCCCGAAGCCUUCCUGGUGAUGGUGCUGAUCCAGUUUGGCACCAUGAUCAUCGACCGAGCCCUCUACCUUCGCAAGACUGUCAUGGGAAAAGUCAUCUUCCAAGUCAUCCUGGUGUUCGGCAUCCACUUCUGGAUGUUCUUCAUCCUGCCUGGAGUCACAGAGAGACGGUUCAGUCAGAACACAGUGGCCCAGCUGUGGUACUUCGUCAAGUGCAUCUACUUUGGCCUGUCGGCCUAUCAGAUCCGCUGUGGCUACCCCACCCGCGUCCUGGGCAACUUCCUCACCAAGAGUUACAACUACCUCAAUCUUUUCCUCUUCCAAGGGUUCCGCCUGGUCCCAUUCCUGACGGAGCUGCGAGCGGUGAUGGACUGGGUGUGGACGGACACCACCCUCAGCCUGUCCAGCUGGAUCUGUGUAGAGGACAUCUACGCCCACAUCUUUGUCCUCAAGUGCUGGAGGAUGUCAGAGAAGAGGUACCCCCAGCCUCGCGGGCAGAAGAAGAAGAAGGUGGUGAAGUAUGGGAUGGGAGGUUUGAUCGUCAUGCUUCUUAUCUGCAUUGUUUGGUUCCCGCUGCUCUUCAUGUCACUGGUCAAGUCAGUGGCCGGGGUGGUCAACAAACCUCUGGACGUGUCGGUCACCAUCACCCUGGGAGGCUUUCAGCCCAUUUUCACUAUGAGUGCCCAGCAAAAUCAACUGAAGGACAUUAGCAAAGCAGAUUUUGCAGACUUCAUGAAUUCAUACAACUACAUUCCGUCAGCGAUGCAGUUCCUGGAGGCCUACACGUCAGCGGACGUGGCUGUGGCGGAGCUGGAGGGCAGUUCCAACUCCCUGUGGACCAUAAGCCCCCCCAGCAGGAAGAACCUGAUGGACGUUCUCAGCAAGGAGGAAUACUUCCCUGUCACCAUGUCCUGGACCAUCCAGAGGAAUCUCAGUCUUGGAGCCAAAGCUGAAGUUGCAACAGAUAAACAUAUAACAUACCUUGAUAUGACAACGCGACAAGAGUUAAUAGAUCUGCUGAAUGGGACCAGAAACCAGGCUGUGGUGAUAGAACAAGUCUUCCCAUGCUUCCUCAGAGCUCCCAGUGACUCCAAUGCCAAACCUAUAGAACAACUCUAUAAAGACAAAAGCUACAAGAACAUCCUGCUAGCCCUGGGGAGAACCCACAACAGCAGUGGAGAGAUCCAGGAGUGGUGGAUUGUGGACCAGCCGUCGGCAGGACAGAUCCAGAUGAGGGGUGCGGCGGUUGGGAAGACGAGAGAGGCGGGCCUCCAGCUGUACGUGUUCAGUGACAAAGUCAGCCCGCCCAGUCUGGGCUUCCUGGCAGGAUAUGGGAUCAUGGGUCUCUACGCCUCGGUGGUGCUCGUCAUCGGAAAGUUUGUGCGCGAGUUCUUCAGCGGCAUCUCGCACUCCAUCAUGUUCGAGGAGCUGCCCGUCGUGGACCGCAUCUUGAAGCUGUGUACCGACAUCUUCCUGGUUAGAGAGACGGGCGAGCUGGAGCUGGAGGAAGACCUGUAUGCCAAGCUCAUCUUCUUGUACCGAUCACCAGAGACGAUGAUCAAGUGGACCAGGGACCAGAAAACUAAGUGAGAUCAAGUCUCAGAAUGAGAUUUCUUUUAAAAAGCACAAUCCGGCAGGAAGUUCCAAGCUAGCUUGUUGCGCUCCCUGUCUUUUGGUGUGACUGUGAUAAGAACCAUCUCCAUAUCGAGCCUACAGUGAAACAAUGUGACCUACACAUGAAAGGUGACUGCAGAAGCAGUUUUUUGUUUGUACUUUUUUAGUGCAUCUCUGAAGAUUUGCAGCCAUCAGUCAGUCAGUGUGUUAGAGAUGACAGACAGAUGUCUGGCCUUUUUCCUAUUGGGAACCAUGAACCAUGGGUUGUGCAAUAUACUGUCCAGAUAGCUGGCUGUAAACUUGAACCGACAUGUUAUCUUGAGCUACACGGAAGAUAGGGGGGCAACGACAGAGACACUAGCCACUUGUAUUCUCCAAGAUAUUUUCCCUUACAGUAGCCUACUGGAGGUGCUUUGACUUUUCCAGCAAGACAACAGCGAGAGGUUGUGACAUGGAAAACAAGUUAAGAUACUUUGUUGCCGUUAUGUUGAUGUUUCUACAGAGUAAUCAAUAGAGCUGUCAUUCUCAGGAAAUGUAUAUCAUCUCACCAGAACGGGAAUACGUUUUUAUUUUUUACCUGUAGGACACCUAGGAGAAACAGUGAUGAUGUGAUGAACACUGAGUAUUUCUAUCAUAUUAUGGAGUAUGUUCAUGGAACCCCUAUGAAGACCUGUGAUUUGAGAAUAGGAGGGCAUCAAUACAGCCAUUCUUUUUUAAGCUUGUAACCUGUAUUGCUUGAAAACCCCUUUUUUUUUUUUUUUUUUUUACAUUGUUAGUGUUAAGUUCAUACGGUCAACCAAAAUGUGAUCAAGGCCAUCAAAUCCAUGCAAUACAAGGUGUAAGUGAAUAGAUUGUUUUCUUGUCAUGAGAAAGAAGAUGCAUAAUGUCUGUGCACCUCCACAGUGUAAGGAAUCCAGUUUGUGGUGUUAUUGUGGUUCAGCGACCUGAACAUAAAGCACAUGUUUGAAA